AUGCUUCAAAAGGCAGGCCGCCACGGCGGCUAUGCGACACAAUUCUGGACAAAGCGGCGAACGGCUUACCGCACACGGCACGAAGCACUAACGGCGCAUUCUGUGAAAUCUAUUCAGCGCCGGCUGGUGCUGCCGCUCGAAGCGCAUGAUUGGUCUCGCGCAUUGGAGGUUCUUCGGGCACGUUACGCCCUUCUUGGCCGCACCACUCUGGACUAUCAACGAGUUAUUCGGGGUAUUGCUGCUGAUAAUGUCUCACCUUUUCGUAUUCAAACUGGUGUCAAACUUCUCAAUGAACUGCGUGAUGAGGUUUACGCGGGUGAUGUGAAAGCUGACGGUGUGUGGGUCACACUACUUUGGGCAUACGUGCACUUGGGUCGACCGUUGGAGGGUUAUGAGUGUUUGUUGCAGGCCAAACGCCGCGUGAAGAUGUCGGCACUCACGUGGCACCACAUGGGUGAGACGCUUAUUCCACUUUUGGCAGAGUUUGGUAUGCUUGCUGAGGCGCGGUACGUAUUUGAGAACUUUAUGCAGGUGGGUGGGAGCCUCCAGGAGAAGGAGCGGAUGUCGCAUAUAAUAGCGGAGGCUGCGGCGCGUAGUGGGUCUUGGACGGAGGCCAUACAAGCCAUCUGCAGAAGUACAGGAGACGUGGCGGUGGAGAAGGUGGAACCCAUAGUUACAAAGCCAACAAACCCCACGUUAGCAUCUCUGUUUGUUGCCGAAGCUCCGGGCUCUACGCCGGGCGUAGGUCGCGUGAGGACUCCAAUUGAUAGUGGGAGCCUUCAGAACAAACGGCUUACUACAGAGGCGGUUCGCUCAAUGAUGUAUUCGAUGGCACGGGAUGGUCAGUGGACGUUGGCCCUGGGUUGUCUACACGAAUUAUGGGGGCGUCAGAUGCCUUGUGCUCAGCAGGACUCUCAUACACCCAGAUGUGCAUCAAUUUCGGUUGAUGGGGUAGCUCCAGCAUCCGUUUCAAGCACCAGUGGAGAUGUGGCUCUCCAGCCGCUGAUUAUGACGAGCAGUGAGAUGCAACAGUUGCUAAAUGCAUUGGGAGACCAAAAGCGGUGGAAGGAGGCAGUAAGGUUGUUCAGAGAUUGUUAUCUCUCCGGAUGCACCCACCCGCUUGUAAGGACCAGCCAUCCCCUCAAACCUUUGACGCUAAACUUGCUAUUUUCUGCGUUUCCCCGUGAGACAAGGGAGCUGACGCUCACUAAUUCCGGGGAGGAACCAGAGCUUUCCCACCUCGAUCAUAUGGAUUCCAAACGACAGCAGAUAAGUGGAGUUGAAAAGGUGCAGAUAACCCUGCAGUUAGAUGUGGUGUGCCACCCUGAUCAGGUAGUAGUCUUGUUGGACCAGUUACUCCUUGAGCGAGACGAUAUCGUUAUUACAGAUUGUAUGAUGGGAACUGUAGGACCGGCACUGGUGCAACUAGGCCAAUGGGACAGGGCGUUGCACCUCUUGCGGCAGGUUCCUGAACUCUUUCCCACAAAAGAGAAGCACCUACGGCAGCAUGAACAACUUGAGUCUGCCGAAACGAAGCGCCGCAUCCGACAGCACCUUGUGGCUCUUCUGUUCUACCUUUACAGUGCCGUUUCGUUGGAGGCUCGCUAUUACACAAUUCUUCACUUUCCGCACGUCUUCCCCGCCGAGAUGUUCAGCUCCAUGCCGCCUCCCAAAGAACUCGCCGCGAGCCUUCGGGAACUGCAACAACAGCGGAUUGAAAAGUGUGAGAAGAAGGAGGCGCUGCGGCACUUCGCCUCGCGUCGUCGUUCACGCACCGUGCAGCGCACCGAACAAAUGGAUGCCGAACUUAGAGAGCGGCUUACUUUGCUGCAUUCAAAGCGAGCCAAUGCUUUUUGCGUGGAGGACGACCCGGAGAGAGACCCGCGGCCGAUACCGAAGGGUCUGCACGAUACAGCAAGUGGUUGGAAUUUCUACGGCCGCGGCGGUGAGAUGGUGUUCAUGAAUCACAGACGAACGGCGCAUCCAUUUUCGAUGCACCCAAAAGUAAUGCGUUCGUUGGCAGAUCCAUACCGCGGAUGGGGCCUAAAGCAGAACAGCUGUUGGGCCCACCGUGAACGAGUUAAGAAGUGGAACGGCAACAGCGCUGUUUGA